AUGAAUUUAUAUCUAGAAUAAGCAGCAGAAGAUAUUGAAUAAGCAAUUGUUGAUUCUGAAUAAUUGUUAACUUUGGCCAAAGCUACGAUUCAGAAAUUUACAAGUUAUCUCAAAAAAAAAUAAUAAGAAAAAAUGGAUCGAAGAUUUCUUAUCAAUGCUAGUUUAGAUGAUUUAAAUAGUAUUAAAUAAAUUGACAAAUAAUAAUUAUAAUAACUCAAAAUACUAGAUUUCUUCAAUAAAACUCAUAAGAUAAUAGAUAAGAAUUUAAGAGAUUUUAGGGAUAUGAUUCCAUCUAAUCCACAAACUUUUAUAAUAGAGGAUGAACAAGAAUAAAUAAUCAAAUAAACAGACUAGAAACAAGUUUUAAAGAGUAAUUCUUAGGAGCAAAAAUAUUUAACUAGUUUUUAAAAUACUUAAAAUGGAGGGCAAAAAAAUUAGAAUUCUAUAAUAUCAACUUAACGUGAUUAAAUAUCUAAUUAACAUAAUAAUUAAUAAAAAUAAAAAUCAUAAAAUUAAUUGUUACUUUAACAAACGCAAAGUAAUCAAUAAAAAGAAAAUAUUUCAUUAUAAAUUUAAAGUGCUCCACAAUUAGAUUUUUAAUUAGAUAAUCAAACUUGUAAAUAGAAAUAGAAUAAAUAAAAUAAAGAGUAAAUAAUUAGUUUUGGAAAAUUGUAAAAUUUUUCCUAUCAGAAAUUGCAAUAUCCAAAAUAAGAUGAUGGAAACUGUAUAUUUUGUGGUUUAGAAGCUAAUGAAUCCAAUUUAGGCCCUCUUUUAUAAAUUAAUUCUAAUAUAAACCCUGAUGAAAAAUAUAAUUUACAUGAAAUGUGUGGAUUAUGGAGUUAAAAUUUAGUUUUCUUUAAUAAAUAAGGAUAAUGUGAUCCAAAAAAUAUAGAUGAAGAAGUGGAUAAAUCUAAAUAAACUGUAUCAUUUAAUAUAAUUUAGAAAUGUUUCUUAUGUGGUAGAACUGGAGCUACCUUAGGUUGUGCUGUAUGUCCAAAUGCAUUUCAUUUUACUUGUUUUAUGAAAAGUUUUUAGACUGGUAUAAAAUAUUUUUAUUAUUAAAGGAAAAUUAAUUGAAAGUUAAUUCAAAAUUUUCUGUGAUACACAUAAGAAGAAGGCUAAUAAAGUUGAAAAUACUUCAAGUGAAGAUAAUAGUUAAAUAAUUAAGCCUUAAAAAACUCGUUAUAAAAUUAAUCAAUAUAAAGCCAUUAUUAAAAUAAGUCCAAGAAGAAGUCCUAAAAGAUAUAAAUCUUUUUCUUCAAAAUAAAUAAAAAUAUCAUAAUCUAACAUAAAUACUGAUGAAAAAGAUGUACAUUUUGCUACAAAUUAAUAAACUUCAUCAAUAAUUCAAGAAUCUGACAUGAAAAUUGAACCAGAAUUGAAUUGA